AUGGAUGUCCAGGAACUAGAUUUCGCAACACGCGAACAACCAAGAAAGGUUGUCGUUGGGAUUGACUAUGGAACCACGUUUACAUCGGUCUCCUAUUUGGUAUGUCCCGACGAAGCGUCAACCACCCGUGUCUUUCCUCAUGAGAUCGGUACAGUAUCAGAUUGGCCGUCAGAUAACAUGUGCGGAGCGAGCAUGCAAGUGCCUACUGAACUCUGGUACUCUUCGAUUCCUAAGAUGCGAGAUCCAAGAACAGGUCGCCUGGAGUUGAGUGAUUCGGAGACUGAAGAAGAUUCUGAUGAACUUGAUGAGGAAGACGAUGACAUUCCUCGUUUCUCAACAAAGAAACCUGCUCUCGAUCCUUUUCGCAUCAUUCGGGGCUCUGCUCCACCACCCGCCUCUUGUCAAAACAGCGAAGCAUCCUCAGAAGAUCUUUGGGGUUAUGAAUGCCCUUAUCAGAAAUACUGUGCGCACUCGACACGCAGUAAAGACCGUUACGUUGAACGACCCAAGUUGAUGUUGUUGACAUCUGAGCACACCAGAGCGGAUCGUGAAAGGUUGGGACCAAUUCUUCAACACUUGAUUGAUAAGAGAAACAUACGCAAAUAUGGUAAAGCUGGAAGUCGACCUGGCGCCCGCGAUAUACAAGAUGUUGUCUUAGACUUCUUCGUCCCCGUCCUGCUGCAUACCCGACGAGAACUUAUCAAGCGAGAUCGGUACACUGACGAUUGCCAUGUGCUGUUCGCCUUAACGGUUCCAAUAAACUGGCAACCCAGGUCCUCCAGGAUACUUCAGCUAGCUUUGGAAGAAGCCAUUCGUCUCACAGGCUUCGGUACACUGAAAGACAGGAGCGUCACCAACCUCUUCGUCGUUUCUGAACCGAAGGCUGCCGCAACAUAUCUUCUUGGCCUGGGUCACGCAAGAGAUCUUCAGUCUGGUGACACCUUCGUUGUGCUUGACUGUGGAGGAGGAACUGUUGACGGGUCUUCCUACAGCAUCGCAAAGUCGGCUUCUCUACGACUGGGCGAAGAGAUCUGCGAUCCUAGUGGUCAUAAUUGUGGCGCAAGUUACCUGAACGAGAACUUCCGGAAGCUGGUGCAGUAUCGGCUGAAGGAAGAGACGUACUUGGAAGGUAAUGGCAACACACUCGACUCUUUCGUGGACGAUGUCAUGGUCCGCUUUGAGACGUACGAGAAGCGAAACAAAGAUAUCAUGGGAAGGCCUAGUACUCAAAUUAAAAUACCAGGCUUGAAAGCGCGUAGGCCAAGAACCUUGCCCGGAAAUACACCAGAGAAGUAUCAGGAUAACUACCUGCUACUGUUCGUCGAUGAUUUCAAGCAAAUUUUCCUCCCAGUCCUCAAAGAUGUUGCGAAAAUUCUGGAUGCUCAGCUUGAAGCAGAGACAAGCUCACUUGGUAUUCAGAAAGUCUUUCUCAUUGGUGGAUUUGCUGGUGCUGUCUCAAUGCGAAGCUUUCUCAAAGAUCACCUUGCAAAGUUCAUCUCCGAUCGAAAUCUGCCGUAUAGCAUUGAUCUGAUACUUCCGAGUGCACAAGAAUGCAUCAAAGCAGUAUCCGCCGGUGCUGUUAUGCAAGCCCUCCACCCCGAAGAAGGCACUGUGAGAGACUUCGUAUCGAGCUACGGCUUUUUUGUGAAAGAAUUCUACACGCCAGAAGCACCAGGACAUAUGAAUGCCAAGCCGAUAUACGAUGAAUAUGACGGGCAUCGCUAUGUUGGAAUAAUCGACUACUUUGUCAUGAAGGGUGAUGUCAUAUCGCCGAAACAUAGGUUCAAGCGGUUCAAGUACACGCACGUAUUUGAUGUUGAAUGCAGAAGGCUACGGUGUGAGGAAGUGCUUUACGUCUCCUACAAAACGGUCGCCAACGGUUACCCUCUUGACCAUCGUCACAACAGAGAUGCCCAAGAAGAGGACAAGAUAACCACAGACUUCACAUUCCUGCGCGAUGAACACAAAAUCGAACCGGUGCCUGCAUGCGUCUCCUGGGAUGGAACUGUGAGGGAGGAGCAUUAUUCCAUCACAUAUGAGCUCGUGCCAUACCUUGAUGGGAGAGAUCUCAAGUAUGAAGCUUGGUAUCCGUCCGUAAAAUAUGGACAACGUUUGAAGCAGAAACAAAUAUGCAUCGCUUCUGCACUGCAUCCGGGCACUGUGUAA